AUGUCAUCGACUUCAGGACGUGGCCGUUCUCGAGGUCGCGGAGCACCGAGAUCUGUGGCAUCGGAGACAAGUUCAGUUGGAGGAGGCGAUAUGGCUUCGUUGGCGAGUUCAGUGGCUGCGAUGAGUGUUUCAACAGAGGGAAUAUCAGCGGUAUCGUCGGAAUCUGAAGUACAGAGAUCGGUCCGUUUUGAAUUGGAAUUGCACCGAAAUAUUGUUGAAAUGUUUUGUUUCUUUGCGCUUAUUUAUCUUGAAAUUGAAAAUUUUCAUUUUGGUUAUCUUGAAACUGUCUUGAAAACUGUCUCGAGAAAAAAUUAA